AGGAAAAGACACUCACUCCCCAGGAGUUGAAUCGGAAGAGAAGUAAAACACUUCCCUAACUGCUCCCACGACGGCGCGUGAACCAAACUCAUCCGUCAAAGUUAUUGGGUUCUACGCUCUUCUUCGAUUCCCCCGUGUAAAUGUUCAUCACUCCCCUCGAGUUACGAAUAUACAAAUUCUUGAUUUGGGGGUCUCUCUAGGGUUUCCACAGAAAUGUUCACUCCCCAGAGGAAUCAGUUUCCGGCGACGGACCGGAAGGGAAAGUCCGUAGCUUUCGCCGACGAAAUCACGACCCCUCCCCGAUUCAGAUCGGUGGGUGAUGAUGAUUGGAGGACGUUCAAGGACGUGGGUUUGCUCGACGAGGCCUCCUUGGAAAGGAAAGACAUUGACGCGCUUAUGGAGAAGAACCUCAAGCUCGAAAAGGAGCUGUUUGAUUACCAACAUAGCAUGGGGCUACUGCUUAUUGAGAAGAAGAAGUGGACUUCGAGCAACGAAGAGCUUCAGCAAGCGUUUGAUGAAGCUAAUGAGAUUCUUAAGCGUGAGAGGAACUCGAGUUUGAUUGCUUUGAGUGAGUCUGAGAAGAGGGAAGAGAGUCUUAGGAAAGCUUUGAUAAACGAGAAGCAGUUUGCAGCUGAGCUUGAGAGGGAUUUGAAGUACUUGCGACAAGAAUAUAGUGAGGUGAAGUCUACUUCCGAGGCGAAGUUAGCUGAAGCAAAUGAUUUGGUUAUGGGUAUUAAGGAGAAAGCGUUGGAGGUGGAUAGAGAGAGGGUUAUUGCUGAAGAGAAGCUCUCUGUGGUUAGUAGGAAGAGUUCUGAGUUGGAGAGGAAGCUUAAGGAUGUGGAGACUCGCGAAAAGGUGCUCCAAAGGGAGCGUCUUUCUCUUGCUACAGAACGAGAGGCGCAUGAGGCAGUGUUCUACAAGCAGAGAGAAGAACUACAGGAAUGGGAGAAGAAGCUAGCGGUGGAAGAAGAUAGGCUGUCCGAAGUUAAAAGAAGCAUUAACCAUACAGAGGAAAGAACAAUUGAAAGUGAAAGAGAAAUCAAGAAGAAAGAGAAGAGCCUCGAAGAGAUGCAGCGAAAGAUUGAUACUGCGAAGUCAGAAUUGAAAGAGAGAGAAGAGUCUAUAAACAAGAUGUUAAAUGACCUUUCUAUGAAGGAAAAAGACUUCGAGGCCAUGAAGACUAAGAUUGAUAUGAAGGAGAAGGAGCUCCAUGAGCUUGAGGAGAAGCUUAUUGUGAGGGAGCAGAUGGAGAUAGGGAAGCUCCUUGAUGAUCAGAAAGGUGUUCUAGAUUCCAGAAUGCAGGAGUUUGAAAUGGAGCUCGAACAGAAGAGGACAUCCCUUGAUGAAGAACUUGAGAAAAAGAGAGGUGAAAUCGAGAAGCUGCAAGUUGAGAUCAUCCACAAGGAAGAGCAGUUGGGGAAGAGAGAGACAGCUUUAGAAAAAACGAAAGAGAGAGUGGAGGAGAAAGAGAAGGAUCUUGAAGCAAGGCUGGAAGCUGUGAAGGAAAACGAAAAAUCUCUAAAAACCGAAGAGAAAAAGCUGCAUGUGGAAAACGAGCGAUUGCUCGAAGAUAAGGAAAGUCUGCGUAAACUCAAAGAGGAGAUUGAAGAGAUCGGAGCCGAGACAACAAAGAAAGAGUCAAAGAUCCGUGAAGAGUAUGAAACUCUCAGGAUUACAAAAGAAGAGAGACUCGAGUUUAUAAGGCAGCAGUCUGAGCUAAAGCAGCAGAUAGACAGAGUUAAGCGAGAGGGGGAGUUGCUCUUGAAGGAACGUGAAGAACUGAAACAAGAUAAGGGAAGAUUUGAGAAACAGUGGGAAGCCUUGGAUGAGAAGAAGGCUGAUAUAAAGAAAGUUGCUGAAGUAAAGGAGAAGAAGGUGGCUCUGAAAGAGAUGGAAGAACUGGAAUACGAGAAGCUUGCUCUAAAGAGGGAAAGAGACGAAAUAUCUGUCGAGAAGAAGCAGUUGAAGAAACUUCAUGAUGAGUUGUAUAAGGACGUAGCUGAUGUAGAUGCGCUUAGAAUCUCUUUGAAGGAGCAACGAAAGGAUCUAGAUCGUUCAAAAGAGCGUUUUGCAGUAUUUCUGAAGAAAGUUGAACUCUGCAGUACCUGUAGAAUACCAUUCCAAGAGUUUAUAAACUCUGAACGAGUACCAGAUGUUGAAGAUGGUGAUAAACUUCCCAAUGAUAGCAGGAGUACAUCUUUUAUUGGGAAACUCGGUUCGGCUGCGGUACCAGAAUCUUCGCUGCCUGAUGAUUCUCUGGAUACAGCGGCAGGCGAUGAUCAUGAACCAUCUGCUACUGAACAUAGUUUCUCAGAAAGCAAAGGUGCUGAAGUAAAGAGUGAUAAACCUAGACGUGGUAGAGGUAGGAGUAAGUCUGUCAGAGGAAGAUCACAAGCAACAACAUCUGCAACUAAUGAUUCAAAACCAUCUGAUGUGAAAGUUCCAAGGAAGCGACAGCGAGAACAGGGUUCUAGAAUCACAGAAAGUGAACACGCAGAGGGUGAUAGCGAUGGUGGUGUAGACAGCGUCGCAACUGGUGGACGUAAGAAGAAAAGACAGACGGCUAUUCCUGUCACUCUGGCACCUGCGCAAAGCCGAUAUCAUCUCAGGAGGCAUAGAAAUGUAGGAACAGAAGAGAAUAAAGCACAAGAAUCAACAGAGGCCAUGGAAAAACAAGAGAGUGUCAAUGGUGAUGAUAUCAGAACAGUGGCAAGUCCCAAGGAUAAUCUUAAGGAAAAUGGAAAAGCUGAAACAAUAGUGGAGGCGGUAACACAUGAGGAAAUUGUUAAGGUUGAAGCAGAGACUGAGUUGAAGGAUAAGAGUACUGGGAAGAGACCAGUGGAAGAAGAUCCACAGUUAGAAGCAGGAGGCAGCGGUGAAAGAAAAGAGCAUGGUGGUGAAGAGGAUGAUGGGACUUUCAGCAUGACCCAAGAAGAGAACGAAGAAGUAGAAGAAGAAGAAACAGAAACAGACCACCCAGGUGAGGCUUCCAUAGGAAAAAAGAUUUGGGUCUUUUUCACAACCUAAUCUCAUUUUCUCAAAGACAAAAAAAACUAUCCCACAACUAGGAUUUUCCAGUGAGAAAAAAAAUCUUGUUAUGUUUUUGUUUUUAAAUUUUACUCUUUUUUUUCAAGCAACUGAAACAAAAGAAGUGUGUACUCUUGGAAACUAAGGGGGUUUGUUGGAAAUGCAAGCAUUUGAUUCUAAAA